ACCAACGCCAGCCACAUAAACUAUGAAGGUAUUUUAAUCUUGUUUUUGUUUUUCAGAAGAACCGUUACCAAGGCAUCGGCAAUACGAGGAUACGGAAAUAUUGCAAAUUCUUAUCUAUAGUGACGUCAUUGCCUAUCUUACCCAAAAUACUUUAAUCCUCGACGACGAUUACGUAAUGCAUUGUUUCGUUGCAAACAGUGAUUGUUACGUCACACAUGUUUGUAUUACGUUGCAGGUUUGCUUGUCGUUGAUUGGCUGCUGCGCGCCUGAGGCAACAACCGCACCAACCGGUUGCGACUUCAGUCACUUCGUAUCAAAACCCACCAUGGCUUCAACCAAGUUGCUUCUCGUCACGAUGUGUUUGGUUCUUUUAAUUUUGUUCGAAGUUGUUCGAAAAUCAAGGCGAACAGCUCCACCAAUGAGCAGAGAGGAAACAGCCGAAGCAUUCGAGAGACUGUGGAAUUACGUUUAUGACAUCAAGUAUGAGUGUUCGAACAUGGAGAUGGCUGGGGGAAGACGGGACGGUGACGGUGCUUACCCGGUUUGCCAUGACGUAUGGAAGAGCGACUCCAAGUGUCUUGUUUAUUCUUUCGGGGUGGGGAGGGACUUCAGCUUUGAUGAUGUCAUGGGGAGGAAAGGUUGCGAGGUGCAUUCGUUUGAUCCAAGCAUCGAGCUUAAGGACGGGUUGGUUCGUGAAAGCGGGGUGAAGUACCACAAGGUGGGGAUAGCGAGUCGCGACAUAGAAAGCAACGAAUAUGGAUGGAAGCUGAUGACGUUGGCUUCCGUCCAUCGCUACCUAAACCACGUGGGUGAUUGUAUCGAAUACUUGAAGGUUGACACGGAUGACCCGCUCACGGGGGGGUUUGAAGAUCAGGUCAUGCGCGAGAUCUUGGACACAGGAAUGCACGAACGAAUCCAACAUUUCUCGAUGGAGGUUCACUUACCAGGCCCCCUCAUGCACCCAGACCAUGGCCGUAGGUGUAAAGUGUUGUAUAAUUUGUUCACCAGGUUGGAGGGGGUGGGGUAUAAGUUGUUCAUCACAACGGACAAUGUAAGAGGCGCGCAACACCGACGAAAAACAACGUCGUUCACACAACUGACCAAGAAACAUGACAUUAUGGACAAAAAGACGAGGAUCUACUGGGAGAUGUCGUUUAUAAACACUAAGUUUAAGCCUUGUAGAUAAACCAUAUUCGUGUUUGCGUGACAUCCAAGUUUGUUUGAACAAGUAUUUGAAAAUAUUGAACAUUCAUGAUGGUAUUCGCCAUAUUAACUCAAGACCCAUGAAGUUUUAAAUACAUAUUAAAUCCAACAUCCGUA